UGUCACCUUGAACUCACAGCAGGAGUCCCGCCGUUCUCGUCCCACAUCCUCGAGACAAACAGGAAGAGGAAACAGCAGCAGGGACGGGGAACCAGGGGAGGACAUGAGAGAAGGUGACCGUGAUCAGACACAGGAUACAACAGAGAUGCAGUCUCAGUAUCAGAAGGAUUUCCCUCCACCGUCAUCCUGCCGCAGGAGGCGAACACCUGCCCUCCCACAGCCAGACAACAUCGGUAUCAACCCUGCCUUCAGGAUCGAGUUCAGGACAGUCCAAAGAGAGACUUACCCCGGUUGGCCCAUCUUGAAUCGCAGGUGUGCUGGACGGCUGAGAACGGCCUCGUCUGGAGAACCAAACACGACUUCUGAGUGAUAGUUUAUACAAACUAUGAUGUACAUAAGAAACAAGCUUGCAUGUGUACUUCCCAGCAUUUAGUGUUUGACAGUCACACCUUUUUCCUCAGACUCAACUUGUAACAUGUCAUCCAGCUGAGACAAUUUAUUUUAUUAUACAUGAAUUAAUAUUAAUCCAUUAGAUUUAAGUACUGUUGCAAAUGCCUUCACAUUUGUUCUUAGUUUAUCAUUUAUGUGUUCUCCAGACUGUCAAUCCCAGUUUGUUCUUUCUUCUACAACCAGAAAAAUAUUGUGUGUGAUGAAGUUAUGUUCAUACAAUACAGUGUACAGUCAUAAACAUGAUUUAAUAAACCAGUUUAUGGG